GSUUUGAUUCUCGAACCUGUCGGACGUGGUAAACAAAAGUGCUCGUAAGUGAAUUCAGUGGUUAGCUUGUGGCGGUUAGUGCGCGUUUGUUUGGGUGUGUGUGUGCAUACUAUGUGUGGCUGUGUAGCGCGUUGUUGUUGUUKCAAUGCCAGUGAGCACACAUAUUGCAAAUGAAAUGGCUACAUAGCGCUUUGGGCCAGUGCGAAUGAAAUGGCCGUAAAUGGAAAGGUGUAAAUUUAAUAAAUGGAAAAAUGAAAGAAUGAAAAUUUUUACUUCAAGUUUCAAUGAGAAAAGUAAAUGCAUAAUUCAAUAAGUGUUUGGGAAAGAGUAAAUGCAUAAUUGCUAGUAUUGCAAAAAUAAAUAAGCUGGUGUAGAAAAGUGUUAAAAGAUUCUGCAAAAGUGUUGAAGAAUUGUUGGUAACGAAAAUUAUUGCUUUGCACAGCCCGGCAGUCCGUCAUCAUUAACGAAUUCGCUGGCACUUUUCUUGUUUUUGCUGCUGCUGUUKUUGUGUUGUGAGGCGAAAUAGGUUUUAAGACCAACUUAAAAGCAAUAGCAAUAACAACAACAACACUGGCGCAUAACAAAAUUAAAAGAACAACAAUAAUAAACCAGUUUACAGCGUCUGAAUGCAAUAUUGCUUAGAAGUGUGUAUGUAUGAAUCUAGUAUAUAUGUACCACAUAUAUGAAUAUGUCUACACCGUUAUCAACGUAGUAAUAGUAAACGUGAAACAGUUGCAAAAUUUAACAACAAUAACAACAAAGCGCAGCAUGCGCUUCAAAGCGUGCAAUACAAUUGCAGUAAUUGGAAUGCAUACCGCUGCGUGCAGCAGCGCCGUAGACAGCAGCAGCGGUCACACUAUGUCGACAACAACAAAAACCAACACAACAAUGGCAACGGCAACGGCAACGCGAAGAGGGCAAAGGGCAAGCGUCCAGCAACAAGGUUGCGCAAAAUAUGCGACACAGCGCGCUUGUGGUAGCAGCAGCGCGCAACGGAACUACACUUGCGCAGCGGCUGCAAAAGCGCAAACGCCGCGCACGGAAUCCGCAUACCGCCUGACRCCAUCCUUCACGCCCCGUUGCCUGUUGCUCGCGUUGCUGCUAUGUUUUACACACGCUCUAGGUUUAAUUCAGUUAGCGCACGCCGCCUCGUCCGGCGUUACAAGUACGGAGGCAUAUUUCAAUGGUUCGGCCUACCUGCGACUGCUCACACCGAUGCCAAUUUGGGAUCAUUCCGCCAUCAGUUUUCGCUCCUGUCGCGGUGGUGAAAUUUUAGCUCAACAAUAUAAUAAGAACUCUUUCGUCAUCACUGUGCUGAGUGAUUUUCUGCAAGUCUCACUGGCCGGUCCGGCGGUGAUUGGCCCCAACAACCGUUUAGAUGUUAAGCUACCCUACCACUUACUCGACAAUCACUGGCACACGCUACAGUUCAAGUACGAAUAUGGUAAUCUCUACUUGUACAUCGAUCGCACGUCGUUAGUUUUCGCGAAUUCCACGUAUAACAGCCAAUUUCUGACUAAUCAAGAUAUCGGCAAUGAGGCGGCUAUUUUAAUAUUGGGCAACUCAUUUAGCGGUUGUCUACAAGAUGGACCCGGCUUGCUCUUCAUCAAUGGCUCUGUGCAGAAUGUCGUUUAUGGUCCUUGUCCGUUGAGUACCGGUCCGUGUGGCGAUCAYGAUACACUUAUGCUUGGACAAGAUAAUUACUGCUCCAAUAAUCCGUGUAUGAGUCAUGGUCAGUGUAUACCGUUGAAUGAUGGUUACGAAUGCCGUUGUACGCCACGUUACACGGGUAAGAACUGUCAAAUCGAUAAUGGUUCGCCGUGUGCACGUAAUCCCUGCGCGAAUAGCGGUAACUGCACCGAAGACGUACGCGGCGAUUAUCAGUGCAAAUGCACAACGAAUUAUAGCGGACGGAAUUGUGAAACGGAAAUCAAUGUACAUCCCGCCUGCCAACCGAAUCCGUGUUUAAAUAACGGCGCUUGCAUUGUAGCGCCGGGUUCGACGAAAGUCGAGUGCGAAUGUGCCAAAGGCUAUGCGGGUGCGCGCUGUGAGAAUGAUGUGGAUGAUUGCGCCUCGCAACCUUGUCUGAAUAACGGACGUUGCUUGGAUUUGGUGAAUGGCUUYACAUGUGAUUGCCGUGACACCGGUUUCACGGGUCCAAAUUGUCAAACGAAUAUCGACGAAUGCGAGGGCAGUCCGUGUAAACAUGGCGGYCGYUGUUACGAUCGYUACGGUUGGUUCAUCUGUCAGUGUCCCGAUGGUUGGGCCGGUGAGACGUGCGAGGAGCCCACGAACUGUAAGACGCAACAGUGCUUGAACGGCGGUACCUGCGUGAAUAAGACGAUCGGCUUCUAUUGCCAGUGCGCGCCAGGCUAUAGCGGUGAGCUGUGUCAACAGAGUCCACCGUGUCCGCAGUGUCCCAUCGAUUCGGAGUGCAUUGGCGGGAAGUGCAUAUGUAAGCCAGGCACAACGGGCCCAAUUGGCCAUUGCUUACCAAUACCGCCAACACCGCCAACACCACCACCAACAACAACAACAACGACGACCACAAAAACAAGUACAACAACCGCAGCACCACCAACAGCCAAUUUGGUGGUUGCUAAUGCAGCAAAAACAACAACCGUCGCGGCAGCAGCAGCAGCAGCAACAACAACAACUGCUACUGCAGGACAACUGACAGCGAACAUAACAGCACCAACAACAACCGCAACAAUGACAACAGCUAGAAAUAUAGCAAUAAACACGGCAACAACAACAACAACAAAAACCACAMAUAAUCCGCUAUUAUCACAUUUGGCUCAAUUGAAAGCAUGCCCCCCCGAUAAUUGCUUGAACGGUGGCACUUGUAGUGGCAGUGCUUCAAAUUUUACUUGUUUAUGUGCUAGUGGAUACACAGGUUACAACUGCGAACUGCCCGUCACAGAUGGUCCGCCGAAUGUGCCAUUGACCGGCAGUGGCGGCGCCGUCGGCAACAAUCCCAACAGCGCCGCAGUCAAUUGCAUCAAUGGCGGCAAGUGUUUGAAUGGUGGCACCUGUUCGAUGAAUGGUACACAUUGUUAUUGUGCCGGUGGCUUUACGGGCGAACGCUGCGAGAAAGCCGAACCUUGUACGGCGCUCAAUUGCCAAGAGCCAAUGGUAUGCCAGUUGAAUAAGUGUGUUUGUCCGGAGAAUAAGAUCUGCACGGCUUGCUCGGCGCAGCCGUGUCGCAAUGGUGGCGUCUGUACGGAUCUGUCGAAUGGCGAGUACACCUGCAGCUGUACGUCCGGCUGGACGGGUCGUACGUGCACGAAGGAUGUGGAUGAGUGCGCUUUGGAUCCGAAUAUUUGCGGCAAUGGCAUUUGUAAGAAUGAAGAGGGCUCGUACAAGUGUUAUUGUACGCCCGGUUUUACGGGUAAACACUGUGACUCGGAUGUGGAUGAGUGCUUGAGUCAUCCGUGUCAGAAUGGUGCGACCUGCAACAAUAAGAUCAACGCCUACGAAUGCGUCUGUCAGCCCGGCUACACUGGUAUAAAUUGUGAAAUYGAUAUCAACGAAUGCGACAGUAAUCCCUGCACGAAGGGCUCGACUUGCAACGACAUGAUCAACAAUUUCACCUGCUCUUGUAUACCCGGCAUGACGGGCCGCUUCUGUGAGAACGAUAUYGAUGACUGUAUCUCGGCGCCUUGUCAACAUGGCGGCCAUUGCAUAGACGAAUUGGGCGGCUUUCAUUGCGAUUGUGCCAACACGGGCUAUGAGGGUCAACUCUGUGAAUUAAAUAUCGAUGAAUGCGAAUCGCAACCCUGUCAAAAUGGCGCUGCKUGCAUAGACGAUAUAAAUGAUUACCGUUGCAAAUGUUAUCCGGGUUAUAUGGGCAAGAAUUGUGAAAUCCAUAUUAAUGAAUGCGAAAGUAAUCCGUGCUUGUAUAACGGUAAUUGUUUGGAACGUUCGAAUAUAACAUUGUAUGCGCUAAGUCAAACRAUGGAUUUGCCAGAGUUCUUUAGUCGUCAAUUUUCCUAUGAGAAUGCGAGCGGGUAUGAAUGCGUUUGUGUGCCAGGUAUUAUGGGCAAGAAUUGUGAGAUCAAUAUUAAUGAGUGCGAAACGAAUCCGUGUGGCAAACAUGGCACCUGUAAUGAUGGUAUCGGCACGUAUACCUGCGAUUGUGACCCSGGCUUCGAAGACCGUCAUUGCGAGACCAAUAUCGACGAGUGCGACCGGUAUCAACCCUGUGGCGCACACGGUACCUGUAUCGAUGAAAUCAACGACUACACUUGCGAUUGUGAUGCCAAUUACGGCGGUAAGAAUUGUUCGGUGCCAUUGAUAGGUUGYUUGAGCGCACCAUGUCAAAAUGGUGGCAAUUGCAAGCCAUAUCUAGUCAACGAAACCGAGCAUCUCUUCAACUGCACGUGUCAACAUGGUUUCCAAGGAGAUAUUUGUGAGAAGACAACAACGAUUUCAAUGGUUGUGAGUAGUUUAAUAACGGUGAAGACGCAACGUGAAGAGGGUUACGAUAUAAAUCUACAAUUCAAAACCACAUUACCCAACGGUGUACUAGCUUUUGGCACAUCGAUCGGACACAAUGAACCCGUUAGCUAUAUAUUGGAACUGAUUAACGGUCGCCUGAAUUUACACUCUUCGCUACUCAAUAAAUGGGAGGGCGUCUUUAUCGGCUCCAAAUUGAACGAUAGCAAUUGGCAUAAAGUAUUCGUCGCUAUUAAUACUUCGCAUCUGGUGCUCUCAGCRAACGAUGAGCAAGCCAUUUUUCCCGUGGGUUCGUAUGAGACCGCAAAUGGCAGUCAGCCAUCAUUUCCGCUCACAUAUUUGGGCGGCACAAUACCGAAUUUGAAAUCAUAUCUACGCCAUUUGCCGCAUCGUCCGUCGAGCUUUGUCGGCUGCAUGCAGGAUAUUGUCGUUAAUGGCAAGUGGAUCUUUCCCGAGGAGCAAGGCAACGAAAUAGAUACGAAUUUGACGAAUAUACAGGCCGGUUGUCCGCGCACCGAGCAAUGCAUACCGAAUCCAUGUCAUUCGAAUGGCGCAUGCACGGAUUUGUGGCAUACAUUCUCGUGCACUUGUCAGCGGCCGCACUUCGGGCACACCUGCAAAUACAACAUAACUGCCGCCACAUUUGGCCACGAGAACACCACACAUUCUGCUGUKGUUGUGGAGACGAACGACUCGGCWCGUCGUGCCAUACGUUCCAUACUUGAUAUCUCCAUGUUUAUACGCACACGCGAGCCUACUGGCCAGGUCUUCUAUUUGGGCAGCGAUCCAAAGAAGAUCACACCAAAGGGAGCAACUGACACUGGCGAAUCAUAUGUAGCCGCCGAACUGCAUGGCGGCGAAUUGCUGGUAAAAAUGCAAUUUAACGGUACGCCCGAGGCCUACACUGUMGGCGGCAAUAAGCUUGAUAACGGCUACAAUCAUCUCAUCGAAGUGGUGCGCAAUCAGACGCUCGUACAGGUUAAACUCAAUGGCACUGAGUACUUCCGUAAAACGCUCUCCUCCACUGGUUUACUCGAUGCGCAGGUGCUCUACCUCGGCGGMCCACCAGUUGGCGARCAAACACAAGCGCCAACAACUACUGGUACAGAUCCAGCGUCYGCKGGGCCCGAAGAGAAUGUCGUAAAUAAUGAGGUCGAUGAGAAGGAAUAYUUCAAGGGUAUCAUACAGGAUGUGAAAGUAAGCAAUGGCUCACAUACGAUGAUCGUCGAACUGUAUCCCUUGAAUGAAGAUGACUUGCUCUUGCCGCCCUCGUUCGGUGUUGUUACUAUCGAUCGUACAUCGGUACUAAAAGGUGAAGUAACCGAUGAUUUGUGUCGUAAAAAUCCUUGCAAGCACAAUGCCGAUUGUAGGAAUACUUGGAAUGACUAUGUAUGUACCUGUCCGAAUGGUUAUAAGGGCAAGAAUUGUCAAGAGAUCGAAUUCUGUCAAUUAGUUCAGUGUCCGGGUAACAGUAAAUGUCAGAAUCUCGACGAUGGCUAUGARUGUCUGACGAACAUCACAUUUAAGGACAAYGAAAAGAAUCCUUUGGCGUUCAYUUACUUCGUAGAGCAAAUGCCGGAUGAACCAAAAAUGUUGGUACAACCGGUUAUAGAGAUCGCGUACAGAACACGCGCUGGCGGUACACUAUUUUUCAUAGAAAAUGGUGAGAGCUUCUUUGAAAUCGGCGUGAAUCAAGGACAAGUGACGGUAACUUGGAAGUUGAAUCAAGAGGCAUUUGGCGAUACCAAGCGCUUUACCAAAGACACAUCCGAUUCCAGUCUUAUGGAGACGACGAACGAACCUGGCUGGAACCGUAUUUAUCUACGCGCGCAAGGCGGCAAACUCGAGGGCGGUUGGAAGGGUUGGGAGAGCAUGGUCGAUCCGUCGCCCGCUUUCUCCGCAGACAUCGAUCAACAGGCUUUCCAAGAACUACUGUCCAGCGACACUCAGGUCUAUCUCGGYGGCAUGCCCACUGAUAGUCGGCAAGCGCGUGGCAGCAGUUCAGCACAGCAGGGCUCUCAAUUCAAGGGUUGCUUGGGUGAGGCACGCGUUGGCGAUCUCUUGUUGCCUUACUUCUCGAACGCCGAGAUGUAUCCACGCACUGAGAACGUUUCGGUGCAGCCCCACUCACAAUUCCGUCUCAAUUCGACCAAACCGGAUGAGGGUUGUGUGCUGUGCUUUAAUACGGACUGCAAGAAUGGUGGUUACUGUAGUUCACCAUCCGAACAGUAUGCCUGCACGUGUCUGCCUGGUUAUGAGGGGGAGGACUGCGGCACCGAUAUAAAUGAAUGCCUGAAUGCGACUUGUGAGAAUAAUUCGACUUGCAUUGAYAAAGUGGCCGACUUCCAAUGUMGKUGCUUGCCGGGCUACGACGGUCGCUUGUGUGAGCAUAACAUUGAUGAGUGCGCCUCRCAGCCCUGUCAUAAUGGUGGCAAUUGCACGGAUUUAAUUGCCGCCUUCCAUUGCGACUGUGCGGAGGAAUAUGCGGGWGCGCAAUGUGAUUUCUUGAAGCAGGUCACCUGYGAUAAUUUGCCCUGCCGCAACGGUUCGACUUGCGAGGAUGGAUUUAAUGCCAAUACCAACAACAAUUUCACAUGCAACUGCUUGCCUGAUUUCGAGGGACCCUAUUGCGAUGUGCCAUUCUGCGAAACGACGCCGUGUCAAAAUGGUGGUCUCUGCAUAUUCGCCGAUGCCUACACACCACUGUGUCAGUGCAGUUUGGGUUACAUGGGUCACCUAUGCGAAAAGGAUAUCAAUGAGUGCGAACCCAAUCCAUGUCUCAAUAAUGGCAUGUGCCACGAUCUCAUCGGCGCCUAUCAGUGCAACUGCACCGGCACCGGCUUUGAGGGCAACAAUUGCGACAUCGAUAUCGAUGAAUGUGCCUCGGGCAUUGAAUAYUGCGGCGGUUUGGGACGCUGCAUCAAUUUACCGGGCUCAUUUAAAUGCAUCUGUCAGGAUGCCUUCUGUGGUGUGUAUUGCAACUUUACCGAUCCGUGCAAGAUUGGUGAGGGUUCACCGUGCAUGAAUGGUGGCAGCUGUCUGGAGGCGUGCGGCGAUGAAGCGGACUAUACGUGCACCUGCAAGGCCGGCUAUGAGGGCAARGACUGCACGGUGGUGAUGGCUGCCAAAGAUGAGGGCCCGUCCACCGCCGACAUCGCCAUCAUUGUCAUACCCGUGUUGGUGGUGUUGUUACUUAUCGGCGCGGCGCUGUUGGGCACAUUCUUGGUUAUGGCGCGCAAUAAGCGUGCGACGCGCGGCACCUACAGCCCCAGCGCGCAAGAAUACUGUAAUCCACGGCUGGAAAUGGAUAAUGUGCUGAAGCCACCGCCAGAGGAGCGUCUAAUUUAGUCGUUGAAAGUUAGUUAGCUUUCGUUUUCGUUUUCGUUUACAUUUUAUUUAUAGUUAAUGUUGACUUGACACGUAAGUGAUGUAUGAAAGCCGUAACACCGUUACUAUAAAGUCUUUAUCCGCCCAUUAAGUAUAGUUUAAAGAGUAAGGAGUCCAGACAUAUGUAAGUGUUUAAACGUACUAAUAAUGAAAAAUUGCUCACUGAAGCUGCUUGGAAGACAUAAAGCGCUUUAAAAAUAUUAMACUUGCUCUUAAU